AGAGUCUAACCAAUUUCUCAAAUUAGGCGGUAUGGAUGCCUUUAAGUUGCUGAAGUUGUAUUUAUUAUUUGUUAUUCCUUUUUCUUUAUGCCAAGAAAGAAAGAGUGAUGGGAUAACAUUUCAUUACAAUAAUACGUACAUGUAUGGUGUUACAUACGUUGUAAAUGUUAGUAAAAAUGAUGAGUACAUUAUGGAGUUUGCCGGGGAUCAAGAUGCAUAUGACACUCCAGCGCGUGUGACUGUGGCAAGCGACUUUGCCAAUGGCACCUAUCCGUUAUUCAUUACUGCAAGACAACAAAAAGGGGUGUUCUCAUGGCAGCUGCCGAUGCUGGUGCAGACACCAAUCCAGCUGGAACAGUUUAGCAACAUAUCUCGUACACUUUGCCCACAUAACAACAUAUUUUCACAGGACGAGGACACGUGUGACUUAACAACGCUACCGCCACCUAUCGUACAUCUGACAACAUCGUCACCUGAUCCAAUCAGUGUUACCAUUGUGGUGGAAACUGUUAAAGAUUUCUACAUAAAAUUAAACAAAGAGACAUAUUUAAACAGUACACCAAGUCAACCGAAAUAUUACUUCUAUCCAUUUGAUCAGGAACCAAAUAAGAUAGUAGAUUUAACAACACAAAGUAUUAAAAAAAAGUAUAUGUGUAAUAAAGAAUUGGAUGAUGCAGAGAAGAGAAAACUGGACAGAUAUUUCGUACAGAGUAAUAUGGAACGAAGUUAUGGCUGGUUUUCGAGGCCUAAAAGUGUCAUCGUGAUGAUAGAAUCGGAUGAUGAUAUUUGCGCAGUUAUUUCGAUACAAAAUAUAUCUUGUCCUGUAUUUGAUAACGAGAGAGAUAUAUUGUACGAUGGGUACUAUUUGACUAUGACGAGAAGGGGCGGGAUUACAUUGACGCAAGACACGUUCCCAUUAGGUUUCUACAUAGUGUUCAUAGUGAAGACGUCGGAUGCGGAUUGCACCGCGGUGACUGGCAAUGCCACACUGCCACGCAUGGCACGCAUGCUCGGGUGGCAUGACUCUAACAUCAACGUGACGUCAGCUGACGGCAGACUGAAGCAGUUCAAGUUCAAGAUAAUCCAGACGAUAUCGUACCACGAGUACGUUGUGGCGGCGGUGGCUGCGCUCUGCUUCUUUCUCUCCUUCUACGUAGCCUUCCUCAUCGCUCUCGUCUUCCAGAGGAAGAAAACACCUGACUCCAUAGUCACCAGCCAGAGUGAAGAAGGUAGAAUAGCUACUAUUUUACCCCGCGGCAGUAAAGAACCGUUGGCAAGACGAAGACGAACUGUAAACACGUCUGAAGGCAGCGGUAGCUAUCAUCAGAAUGCGGCCGAAGACGCUCAGCCAAUAAUAACUGACCGUAGCUCCAGUUCAGAUACGGAAUCUGACUUUGAAGACACGGCGACAUUGGAAAAUGGUGAUUAUCACCAGAGUGGUAGAUUAUGUGUGGCAAAUCUUUCUAGAUGUCGCCCGCGUGUACUGUCUGCUCGCUCCAAGAUGUAUUUAUGGAAUGUGCUGACUGUGGCCAUCUUCUACACGCUGCCUGUCGUACAGCUUGUCGUCACUUACCAACGAUUGCUGAACCAGUCCGGAAACCAGGACCUGUGUUACUUCAACUUUUUGUGCGCCCACCCCCUGCUGGUGCUCUCGGACUUCAACCACGUGUACUCCAACCUGGGCUAUGUGCUGCUCGGCGCUCUCUUCCUGCUGCAGGUGUGGCGACGUCACCAGCGGCAUCGCGCUGACACCGCGCGAGAGAAGGAGAUGGGCAUCCCGCAGCACUUCGGGCUGCUGUACGCGAUGGGUGUGGCGCUGGUGAGCGAGGGUCUGCUCUCUGCCGCGUACCAUGUCUGCCCCAACAGCAUGAACUUCCAGUUCGACACGUCGUUCAUGUACGUGACGUCGGUGCUCUGUAUGGUGAAGAUCUACCAGGCGAGACAUCCAGAUAUAAAUGCGCGCGCGCACGCGACAUUCGGUGUGCUCGCACUCAUCAUCUUUAUAGGUCUGGUGGGAGUGUUAAACGCCAACUUCUACUUCUGGGUGGGGUUCACGGUGUUACAUCUCUUCACCUGUCUCGUGAUGACCUUCCAGAUAUACUAUCUCGGCAGGUUCAGGUUUGACUGUGGUGUGUUGUGUCGUGCGGUGCGCGAGGUGGCGCUGCGGCCGCGUGCUGCUGUGACACCGGCGCGCUGCGGUCGCUGUGUGCUGCUGCUUCUCGCUAACUUCGCCAAUUGGGCACUCGCUGCUUACGGCGUGGCUCAGCACAGUCGUGACUUCGCAUCACAUCUGCUUCUUGUGCUUAUGAGCAACCUGUUCCUCUACACGCUCUUCUACAUCGCCAUGAAGUUAUUGCACCGGGAGUCCAUACGUUGGUACAGUUGGGUGUUCAUCGCGCUGACCUACUCGGUGUGGUUUGGAUCUAGUUACUUCUAUCUGGAUCUUAGCACCAACUGGGCAUUGACACCAGCGCAGUCUCGGCAAAGCAACCGCGUGUGCUCGCUGUUGGAGCUGUACGACUCUCACGAUGUGUGGCACUUCCUCUCAGCCACCGCCAUGUUCUUCUCCUUCAACAUGUACCUCACCAUUGACGACAACCUCGCUGACGUUCCCCGUACUGACAUCAUGGUCUUCUAGACAACUCUCGGUCUACUCGACACUGUAUACUGGAAAGACAUGUGGUCUACUAGACAAGUAUAUGGUCUACUAAAUUAUGACAUGGUCUACUAGA